AUGCCCAACGAUUGCGCCGAGCGCGAGCGGCUGGAGUUGCAACACUGCGCAAUGUUCCUUGCUGCGGGCGCCCAGCUCUUCUAUGCCUCUGUCAAGCGGCUCCAGAAAAUUUUGGACCUGGGCGCCGGCACUGGAACUUGGGCCAACGAUGUGGCUGAUGCGCAUCUCGAGGCCAUCGUGUUAGGUGUAGACUUGAGUACCAUCCAACCCACGGUCGCUCCGCCAAACGCAACGUGGGAGAUUGAUGAUGUCGAGGACGACUGGACAUGGCCGCCAGACCACUUCAAUCUCAUACAGCCAGUCCAAGCUCAGUGGAAACAUCGCAGAUUUCCCAAAGUAUUUUCGACAGGCUUUCAGGUAAUUUCCCCCGCGAUACCCCCAAUUCCCAAGCACACCUUGCAUCUAACGCUUGUUCUGCUUUGUGUAGACACUGCAGGCCAGGGGGCUACUUCGAGAUUCGCGAUCUGGCCACAUACCUGCAAAGCGACCACGCUCCGAUUAGCCUCGACAACGCAGUGGACGAGUGGUGUCGUCUGA